AGACUGGCUCUCCGGGUCCCUCUCUCCGAGAGCCAGGCGGGCACGCGUCAUUGUGUUACCUGCAGCCGGCCGGCGAGCUAGGCUCGGCUGCUUUAUUUUUUUUUUUCCUUUUCUCCCUCCCUCCUCCGCCCCCCCUUUCCAUGCAGCUGAUCUGAAAGGGAAUAAAAGGCUGCGCAUAAUCAUAAUAAUAAAAGAAGGGGAGCGCGAGCGAAGGAAAGAAAGCCGGGAGGUGGAAGAGGAGGGGAGCGCCUCCAAGAAGCGAUCAGAAUAAUAAAAGGAGGCCGGGCUCUUUGCCUUCUGGAACGGGGCCGCUCUUGAAAAGGGGCUUUUGAAAAGUGGUGUUGUUUUCCAGUCGUGCAUGCUCCCAUCGGCGGAGUAUAUUAGAGCCGGGACGCGGCGGCCGCUCGGGCAGCGGCGACGGCAGCACCGGCGGCAGCACCAGCGCGAGGAGCGGCGGCGGCGGCGGAGGAGGCGUCCCGAGUGCCCGCGGCGCGCGGCGCAGCGAUGCGGUCCCCACGGACGCGCGGCCGGCCCGGGCGCCCCCUGAGCCUCCUGCUCGCCCUGCUCUGCGCCCUGCGAGCCAAGGUGUGCGGCGCUUCGGGUCAAUUCGAGUUGGAGAUCCUGUCCAUGCAGAACGUGAACGGGGAGCUGCAGAACGGCAACUGCUGCGGGGGCUCGCGGAACCCCGGAGACCGCAAGUGCACCCGCGACGAGUGUGACACGUACUUCAAAGUGUGCCUCAAGGAGUAUCAGUCCCGCGUCACGGCCGGGGGCCCCUGCAGCUUCGGCUCGGGCUCCACGCCUGUCAUCGGGGGCAACACCUUCAACCUCAAGGCCAGCCGCGGCAACGACCGCAACCGCAUCGUGCUGCCUUUCAGUUUCGCCUGGCCGAGGUCUUACACGUUGCUUGUGGAAGCCUGGGAUUCCAGUAAUGACACUGUUCAACCGGACAGCAUCAUCGAGAAGGCCUCUCACUCAGGCAUGAUAAAUCCCAGCCGGCAGUGGCAGACGCUCAAGCAGAACACGGGGGUGGCCCACUUCGAGUACCAGAUCCGCGUGACCUGCGACGACUACUACUAUGGCUUCGGCUGCAACAAAUUCUGCCGGCCCAGAGAUGACUUCUUCGGCCACUAUGCCUGUGACCAGAAUGGCAACAAGACAUGCAUGGAAGGCUGGAUGGGCCCCGAGUGCAACAGAGCUAUCUGUCGCCAGGGCUGUAGUCCCAAGCACGGGUCUUGCAAACUGCCAGGUGAUUGCAGGUGCCAAUAUGGCUGGCAGGGCCUGUACUGUGACAAGUGUAUCCCCCACCCGGGAUGUGUCCAUGGCACCUGCAACGAACCCUGGCAGUGCCUCUGUGAGACCAACUGGGGUGGCCAGCUCUGUGACAAAGAUCUCAAUUACUGUGGGACCCAUCAGCCAUGUCUGAAUGGGGGGACCUGUAGCAAUACCGGGCCUGACAAAUACCAGUGUUCCUGCCCCGAGGGCUAUUCCGGACCCAACUGUGAAAUUGCAGAACACGCGUGCCUCUCGGAUCCCUGCCACAACCGAGGCAGCUGCAGGGAGACUGCCCUGGGGUUUGAGUGUGAGUGUGCUCCGGGCUGGACUGGCCCCACGUGUUCCACAAAUAUUGAUGACUGUUCUCCAAAUAAUUGUUCCCACGGGGGCACCUGCCUGGACUUGGUGAAUGGAUUUAAGUGCGUGUGCCCUCCCCAGUGGACUGGCAAGACGUGCCAGUUAGAUGCAAAUGAGUGUGAGGCCAAGCCUUGUGUCAACGCCAAAUCCUGUAAGAAUCUGAUUGCCAGCUACUACUGCGAUUGCCUCCCAGGCUGGAUGGGUCAGAACUGUGACAUAAAUAUUAACGACUGCCUCGGCCAGUGUCAGAAUGACGCCGCCUGUCGGGAUCUGGUUAACGGUUACCGCUGUAUCUGUCCACCUGGCUAUGCAGGCACCCACUGUGAGAGGGACAUUGACGAAUGCGCCAGCAACCCCUGUUUGAAUGGGGGUCACUGUCAGGAUGAAAUCAACCGAUUCCAGUGUCUCUGUCCCACUGGUUUCUCUGGGAGCCUCUGCCAGCUUGACAUUGAUUACUGCGAGCCCAAUCCCUGCCAGAAUGGUGCCCAGUGCUACAACCGUGCCAGCGACUACUUCUGCAAGUGCCCCGAGGACUAUGAGGGCAAGAACUGUUCACAUCUCAAAGACCACUGCCGCACGACCCCUUGUGAAGUGAUUGACAGCUGCACGGUGGCCAUGGCAUCCAACGACACGCCUGAAGGGGUGCGGUACAUCUCCUCGAACGUCUGUGGUCCCCACGGGAAGUGCAAGAGCCAGUCGGGGGGCAAAUUCACCUGUGACUGUAACAAAGGCUUCACGGGCACGUACUGCCACGAAAAUAUUAAUGACUGCGAGAGCAACCCCUGUAAGAAUGGUGGCACUUGCAUCGACGGUGUCAAUUCCUACAAGUGCAUCUGCAGCGACGGCUGGGAGGGCACCCAUUGUGAAGCCAAUAUCAAUGACUGCAGCCAAAACCCCUGCCACAAUGGGGGCACAUGCCGAGACCUGGUCAACGACUUCUACUGUGACUGCAAGAAUGGGUGGAAAGGAAAGACCUGUCACUCACGUGACAGCCAGUGUGACGAGGCCACGUGCAACAAUGGUGGCACCUGCUAUGACGAGGGCGACGCCUUUAAGUGCAUGUGUCCCGGAGGUUGGGAAGGAGCCACCUGUAACAUAGCCCGGAAUAGUAGCUGUUUGCCCAACCCCUGCCAUAAUGGGGGCACCUGCGUGGUCAACGGCGAGUCCUUCACCUGUGUGUGCAAAGAAGGCUGGGAGGGGCCCAUCUGUACCCAGAAUACCAAUGACUGCAGUCCUCAUCCCUGUUAUAACAGUGGCACCUGCGUGGAUGGAGACAACUGGUACCGGUGCGAGUGUGCCCCGGGUUUUGCGGGGCCUGACUGCAGAAUAAACAUCAACGAAUGCCAGUCUUCACCCUGUGCCUUCGGGGCAACCUGUGUGGAUGAGAUCAAUGGCUACCGCUGUGUCUGCCCCCCGGGGCACAGUGGUGCUAAGUGCCAGGAAGUUUCAGGAAGGCCUUGCAUCACCAUGGGGAGUAUGAUACCAGAUGGGGCCAAAUGGGAUGACGACUGUAACACCUGCCAGUGCCUGAACGGACGGAUUGCCUGCUCCAAGGUUUGGUGUGGCCCUCGACCUUGCCUGCUCCACAAGGGGCACAGCGAGUGCCCCAGUGGGCAGAGCUGCAUCCCCAUCUUGGAUGACCAGUGCUUCGUCCGCCCCUGUACCGGGGUGGGUGAGUGUCGCUCAUCUGGGCUGCAGCCGGUCAAGACCAAGUGUACCUCCGACUCCUAUUACCAGGAUAACUGUGCCAACAUCACCUUUACCUUUAACAAGGAGAUGAUGUCACCGGGACUCACCACGGAGCACAUCUGCAGUGAACUGAGGAAUCUGAAUAUUUUGAAGAAUGUAUCUGCUGAAUAUUCAAUCUACAUAGCCUGUGAGCCUUCCCCGCUGGCCAACAAUGAAAUUCACGUGGCCAUUUCCGCUGAAGACAUCCGUGAUGAUGGGAACCCCAUCAAGGAGAUCACGGACAAGAUCAUUGAUCUCGUCAGCAAGCGUGAUGGAAACAGCUCUCUCAUCGCUGCCGUUGCAGAGGUCAGAGUUCAGAGGCGUCCUCAGAAAAACACAACAGAUUUCCUGGUUCCUUUGCUGAGCUCCGUCCUAACUGUGGCCUGGGUCUGUUGCUUGGUGACGGCCUUCUACUGGUGCGUGCGGAAGCGGCGGAAGCCCAGCAGCCACACUCGCUCGGCCUCGGAGGACAACACCACCAACAACGUACGGGAGCAGCUGAACCAGAUCAAGAACCCCAUUGAGAAGCAUGGCGCCAACACGGUCCCUGUCAAGGACUACGAGAGCAAGAACUCCAAAAUGUCUAAAAUAAGGACACACAACUCGGAAGUCGAAGAGGACGACAUGGACAAGCACCAGCAGAAAGCCCGGUUCGCCAAACAGCCCGCAUACACGCUGGUAGACAGAGACGAGAAGCCCCCCAAUGGCACGCCGACAAAACACCCCAACUGGACAAACAAACAGGACAACAGAGACUUGGAAAGCGCGCAGAGCUUGAACCGGAUGGAGUACAUCGUAUAGCAGAGGGCGGGCGCUGCCACCACGAGGGAGAGCGAGGCCACUUGGCAGUUCUUGAAACUGUUGUGUCCUAUUCGAGUCUGAGGCUGUUGUUGACUUAGAAAAACCCCUGUGUUAAUUUAAGUUCUGACAAGCUGGCUUACACUGGCAAUGGUAGUUUCUGUGGUUGGCUGGGAAAGCGAGGGCUGCAUCUCACAGCUAUGCAAAAAAAAAAAAACAAAAGAAAAAGGUAGGCGAAGAGUGCCCUGGUUGGACCAUUCCCUACGGCUGACACGUUGCGGAUCGGGCUCCCAGGAGACUGCCCCAGCCUUUGGUCCCGAACUCCCACUCCUGCCAGAUGUCCUAACGGUGAUGCAGUCUUGGGAUCAUAGUUUUAUUUAUAUUUAUUGAUUCUUGAGUUGUUUUUGUAUAUUGGUUUUAUGAUGACGUACAAGUAGUUCUGUAUUUGGAAGUGCCUUUGCAGCUCAGAACCACAGCAGCUAUCACAAAUGAGUUUAUUAUUUAUUUUUUUUAUUGUAUUUUGUUUGUUGUUGGGAAGGGGGGACUUGGAUGUCAGCAGUUGCUGGUCAAAUGAAGAAUUUAAAGAGGAAAAAAAAUGUCAAAAGUAGAAUUUUUGUAUAGUUAUGUAAAUAAUUCUUUUUUAUUAAUCACUGUGUAUAUUUGAUUUAUUAACUUAAUAAUCAAGAGCCUUAAAACAUCAUUCCUUUUUAUUUAUAUGUAUGUGUUUAGAACUGAAGGUUUUUGAUAGCAGUGUAAGCGUUACAACUAUUUUUUUUUUUUGAACUUAUUACAUGUUGCCUAUAAGCCAAACUUAAGGUGUUUGAAACUAGUUUAUUUGAAAAAUAAGAUGGGCUUCCUUGCCUGGAAUGCUGAUGGAUAGCUGUGUUUUUGUUUUUUCUGUACGACGUCAGAUGUUAAAACACCUCCUGUAGCAUCACUUUAAAAUGCGUUUUAAGGACUGACUGAGGCUGUUUGAGAACAAGUUCCUUUUUUUCUUUUUUAAUUUUUCUUUACACUUAAGAGAGAGACAGGUGAGCUGCUGCAGAGCGGUUCCGAGGAACAGGCUCGGGGGUAACUUACCAUAGCCCAAAUGCGAGGGAGUGAACACCAUCAAAAGUAGCAAAUUGACUGAAGUUGGAAGCACACCAAUCUUACUGUGUAAAUUCUGAUUUCUUUUCACCAUGUGUACGUUAAUACCAAACCACCUUUAGAUUUGAUUUUGUUGUUGUCGUCAUCGUUAUCUACUGCAUUUAGGGAGUGUUCCAAUAAGCUAGUUGAAUACUUGAACCAGAAAAUGUCCCGUAAGAUCACUGUUUAGGUUUGCCGUAGAGUACACUGCCUGCCUUAAGUGAGGAAAUCAAAGUGCUAUUACAAAGUUCAAGAUCAAAAAGGCUUAUAAAAAAACAGAGUCAUCUUGUUGGUUCACCAGUGAGACCGUGAAGAUACUUUGUAUUGUCCUAUUACUGUUAUAUGAAUACACCAGGGAAAAAAAGUGCAUCUUUGAUGUGUUGUUCCUGGCAAUAAAUUUUUGGAAAGUAAUAUUUAUUAAAUUUUUUGUAU